AUGGCCAAAAUCACUAACAGGAGUAGCGAUACAGAAGUCUUUGUGUUUGAAGAUUACAACCAGCGCAUUGCUAUAGCCGUUAUCGUCUGUAUCGUCUUCCUUGUGGGAUCCAUCGGCAACACACUCGUCAUCACCGCCGUAGUCCUUUCCCGUAAACUCCGCUCAACCACCAACUGGUUCAUCGUCAACUUGGGCUGUUCCGACCUUCUUACAUGCCUCUGUCUCCCGUUUAAUGUUGUUGCCUUGCUAAGCCGUGACGGAUGGCCUUUACCCGGUUGGAUCUGUUCGGUCAAUUCAGCCGUGACAUGGAUCUGUCUGGGUUCCAGUAUCAUGACGCUGGCCCUCAUUGCCUAUAACCGCUGGUACCUACUGACAAAAUCAGGGAUACAGUUCCAGAAACUCUACACAACUAGAAACAUAUGCUUCAUGCUGCUUAGCGCUUGGAUGUACCCAGCUACUUUGGUCCUGGUACCUCACUUUGCUGGUUUGGGCCGAUUGGGAUAUUCUUACAAGUACAAGGCAUGCGCGCAGGAUAAUUCAAUUCCAACGGCAUUCUUAUAUAGCCUUACAGCUGGGGCAUGCGCUGUCAUCCCUGUGUUCAUUGUCACCGUUGUUAUCUACGUUCGGAUCUAUCUUUUCGUUUCGCGACAAAGUAAAAAGAUGAUCCAGCUCAAAAAAGCAGGAGCACAAGCACGUGGCAUAGACAAUGUCAACGUGGAAAUGAGCUCAUCAGAGUUUGUUUCGAAUGAACCGAGCACUCUCACAUCUGAAAUGACAAUCACACAAAGCCGUUCAACUUCAAACCUUGACACAUCCACAUCAAACGGAGAGGGCAAAUUGAUAGCCAUUGAAAAUUUACCAAAUAACACACCCCUUGACAUUUCUGAGAAUCGGUCAAGGCGGUCUCCAGAAGGAACCAAAGCUAAUCAGAAGCGUUCAAGAUCGAUCAAGCAUAAUUUGCCUGAUGACAAGGCAAGACCAUACCUGACCAAGUACAACGUCACGGUUACGGAAAGACUUGCCGUUGUGGUGCUAGCAUUCAUCAUCUGCCUGCUCCCGUUCGGUGUAAGCGUUCUCAUUUAUUCAAGCGAUCCGGGCAUCCCCUGGACAGGCCUGAUGGUGACCUUCAACAGUUGCGUCAACCCUCUGAUUUACGCCAGGACAAUGCCAGAGUUCCGCAAGGUGAUGCUAGCCAUCAUUCGCUGUCGGCUCAAGGACAUCACUGAGCCAAUCGCAUGCAUCCGUCGCUUUCGUUAA